AUGAAUUACUCCUUCGUCGCUUUUGCUGGCACCCUUUUCACCUUGGCGCUGAGCGCUGCGACCCCUUCCAACGCCCGGUCAACCUCUUCAAACAUCGGGACGCCAAACUCAAAAGAUACAGGCGCUACGGCCAACUACACCAAUGAACCAGGCGGAAAGUUUACCGUGAAUUGGUGGAAGAAUGGAACCUUUGUUGGAGGAAAGGGCUGGAGUCCUGGCUCAUCUGAUAGGGUGUUCAACUAUAUUGGAAUCUUCGAGCCCAGUGGUUACAGUCUAGUCACAUUCUACGGUUGGACUCGAGACCCUCGCGUUGAAUAUUACAUCGUCGAGUCGUUCGGAGACUACACACCCGCAACCGACACUGUCAGGAAGGGAGAAGCUACAUGCAACGGUGCAACAUAUGAGAUCGGGAAUACUUGGCGCCCCGACCCCGAUUCUCCCAACUUUCCCAUCGGCAGUUUCCAACAAAUCUGGGCUGUUCGAGUCCCUAAGAAGGGCGUUGGGAAGAUAAACGGUACGAUCGACUUUGGCUGCCAUGUCAGGGCGUGGAGGGCGUUGGGCAUGGAGCUGGGUGCACACGAUUGGCAGAUUAUGGCGAUUGAUGGAUAUUUCAGUAGUGGCCACGCAACUAUAGAGAUCAUAUAG